CAGUACCGCGCGAGAUUUCAUACGAGGAGGACGCGCUAUGCCGUUCUGCCGCGCCGGCACAGAACGCGCGCCCGAUCACGCCGAAAAACCAUACCUGUACAUGUGAUCGACUCGCCGACAAAUAUCGCAGAGGAGAAUGUCAUUGGGAAAUGCUGGGUAUCAGUUACCUUCCCUGUGUGAUCUGUUUUAACCAAUAAUACGUGAUCAGUUUGAAUUACAUUAACCACAAAGAACUCGAUCUAGGUAGUGGGAAAUUGCUGAAAGUGACACGACACGACCGUUGAGAAACUCGCGUGGUUUUGGUAAAUGCCGCAAGUGUGAAUAGUGAACUGUCCAAUAGUGAACUAUUGAAUAGUGCUACUUUAUUUGGAUAGUGCCACCUAUUAAAAAAGUGUGAAGCCGUUGCUACGAAAGUGCAAAGAUUUCAUAUCGAUUCAUCACGUGACUAUCAUUUGAUCGUGUGUUCGCCCGCAAACCGACCGUUUGUGGCUUCGUAAAGCGACACUUAAUCCGACGACCGAAAUGGUGCCAUAGCUAUGUAUGCAAUGAUGAUUCGAAUGAAACGACAAAAUCGAACUGAUAGCGAUAGUUGAGUGGUGACAGUGAUACGGAAAAGUGAAGCGUUGCAGCGAGUAAGUUGCAUUGGGCGCCAGUAACACGUUGGGCGCCAGCAAUACGUUGGGCGCCAACAGACGGAAGCAACAUUGACUGUUCGGUGUGUUCAGUACGGGGCAUGAGCCUAGGCGUUGAGCAGUGACGGCGGCCGGGCGGCUGCAAUGGGCGCGGCGCGCCAUGCGACCGCGCACGCGCCCGCUGCGGCUGCUCCUCGCGGCGCUGGCGCUGGCGUCGUGCGCCGCGGCGCCUGCCCCAGAGCCGCGCGCGCAGCGGUCCGCCAACCUGAGCCACAUUACAGGCACAUCGCGCACGAUACAAAUGUUCUUAAGGAAUCGGUACCUGCAGCUGAUGCCAGACGGCACCGUCAACGGCACCACAGAUGGCAACAGCGCUCACACGAUACUUCAACGUGCGACAUACAAGGUUGGCCUCCUGACGAUCCAGGGGGUAGCUACCUGCAUGUACCUAUGUAUGGAUGCUUGCGGCUUCCACUAUGCAAAUAAGUAUCUCUCGGACGAUUGCGUGUUCGAAGAGCAUAUAGAAGAGAAUAACUACAACACGUACUCGCGAAUACGAAGCGGGAAGAAAACAUAUUUAGCAUUAGACAAUCGAGGGAAAUCGAGACGGACACAGAUCCCCGUGAGCAGACAGCUCGGCAAUCUAUCGAGGUAUGCGCUGACGCUAACGAGACGGUGGGAGGGUCACGGAAUCAAGCACACACACUGUCCAACGAGACGACACCACGGUAAACUGAAGAGGCCCCCACCAAAACAUAGAAACUGCAUGCAACAUUUGCACAAGCAGAACCUUAGAAUGAAACGAAAGCACAAAAAAGUUAACAAUCCGAAGAGAAAGAGGCAUCCAAAGGCGCGACGGAGACACGGCAACGGGACGACUACUACCACGGAGGUGAGCUGGGACGAGUCGACAAUGUCCACCAUGUCGACAACGACGGACGUGGAGUUUUUUCGGUCAGCGACCGCGCAGGAGGCGGUCGGUCGCGCCUGACACGCGCCCUAGUCGCGGUCGGAGCUGCCGUCGCGCUCGUUCACUAACACCGUUCCACACAUUCGCGUCCUCGAAUCUCCACGCCAUUCCUAGGACACGACUCUCGUGUCCCUAUACGACUCUUUCCUCUACCAUUAGGUUAAAUAAAGUUUGAAAUGGCAGAGCUCAAAAUGCAUCUUAACUCUUAUGAAAGGACUGCCACUAGUCUUUGCACAAAAAAUUAAAUUGCUUCUUUGUAGCUACCUAUAUCAAUACGUUUACGAUAUGCAUAGCAUUUAUAAACAGCAAAUUUGCUCUCUCAUACUACAAAUAUUCAUAAGAUAUAAGUUAUUAUGAGCAUUUACAGGUUUUGGUCCAUCUAAAAGAUAGUGUUACUUGUUUCGUUAGACGUCCUUUUUUUAUAAUCCAAGUCAUAAAAAUACUCAAGAAUCGAGUCGUUUAAACUAAAGUCGUAUAGCCCAAAGGCAACAAUAACAAUCAAAUGAUAUUAUUCUACCAAAGCUACUGAAAUUAUCUAUUUUAAUUUAUAUUCCUAGUUCGCUUUAAAACGUAGAUUAAUCGUAAAAGAUUCCAAUUGUCUUAGUAACUCUUACUAAUCAUGAAAUUAUUUUAGAUGAUAACUUAAUCGGUCUAUCGAAAUGUUAAAAUAUCUUGAUUAUGGUUUUUGUCAAGUGGAACUGUGUUAGAAGCUCGCAAAAUGUCUUACCGGUGAUGAUUCGAUCAUAGAAACCGCAGUUACAAUAUAACGACGAUUUUCCUGACGCAAUCUACAUUUCAACGUAACAUAACUAUGAUCUAAAUGGGCUAUCGUUUGACUCCCAAUUUAUUGGUGUAUCUUUCGUUUCUAUUUGUUACUCGUCCUUUGAGAUUUCUAUUUAAUUAGGUCUAAGUGAUUCCUUAAUGGAUCCGAUAGUAGGUCCAUUCGAUUCCGUUACAAAUGAACGACCAUUUGCCGUCACCCAAAUAUCUUAAACGAUCGUAUUUUUACAAAGUGCCCUUUAGGAAGUUAUUUAAAUUAAGAAAUUAUCAUCUGUUUAAUAGGCUUUCUCGAAAGUCAAUUUUGUUUAAAAUUCAGUGAUUAUUUAUUAUCUGAAUCGAUCGAAACAUCACUGGUGGAAUACGGAAAAGUUAUGUACUUAGCAGAGUGUAUUUGAGACGUGUAUUCGUAAGAUAAUGACUGAAUAUUGGACUGAGUAAUGUAGUUAUCGUUGGUUUUGGUCUAGCCUAUGAUAGAAUAGUGUAGCACAGCGUGACGGCAAGCUUCUAAGUUCUACAUUAUGAUUAAAGUGUAAUUACUGAGACAAGUAGUGUUGUAUAGUAUUAUAACUCAAAAUCAAAAGUACAAAUGAAAGUAAAGAUUUUCGUCAGUUUUAUGUAAUGUUAGUCUUAUAUCAGUUCUUCCAAUAAAGGACCCUAGAAGAAACUCAGUUAUUGUAUCACAAGACUACUUGCCUUAGUUAAUUAAAAAAAUGUAGUGAUAAUUUUUUUAAAGAAAAGUAACUAUUAGUAAUUAGAUCUAAAACGUGUAUCUAAUCUGUAAAUUUAUUUAUUUUCCAUAGAGAAAGUGUAUUUUGUUAACGUUUUAGUUGAUGUUUUUAUUCUAUUUUCCCCCUUAGUUCCAACCGAAUGUAGAUUAUGUAGGAUUUCAUACGCUUGUACUUUAGUGAGCCAAUUUUAUUGUAUUAUAUUUUUAAGUCCGUUCGGUUAGCAAUAUGCGCGUUGUAUGUGAGAAUAUUACUCGUACGUUUGAAUGUGUCUGCAAAUAUUGUGAUUGAAUGGAUUUCAAGAAUACAUUCUUUUGACCGUACUCGUAAUACGUAGUUUCUGGACAUAAUCAGCGAAGACUCUUGUAUAGACUGGGUCUAGAACACAGUGUAUUUGGAACGUUCAUUAUUUCAUUGAACUCUUCUUGUGAAUUACCUAUUAAAUUCGUAAUUUUAAUAUGCAGUUCUGCAAAAUCUUAAUCUAUUUUACCCACCCUUCAAGAACUAAAGUAUCAGAAUGAUUGUGUAAUUAUUAUACUUGUAUAUUUUGUAUAUAUUUUAUUUUUAUAAUUAUUGUAAUAAAACGAUCAAAUAAUUUUUGUGUUGUUUUUCACGAAUGUGUAAAUAGUUCGCUGAUGAUGUCCUUUCAAUGAAUUCACGAGAUUUUUGGAAUAAAUACCAGAAGCUUUAUGGGCGUAUCUACCUACGUACACAGUGUAAAGAUGAAUGAUAUUUUGAAUUAUUUAUGUCUGUAUGUAAUGUUUUUGUCGGAACGAAAGCGAUGCGAAAUUUACACCCUACCGAGCAUUUACUCAAUGUUAACGUUUAUAAAUUUAGUGAUAUAUAUUUCGUGUCGCAUUCGUUACAAUGAAUAAAUUAUUCAAAGUACCGACGUACUUGACUCGCUUAAAUAAAUAUAAAUUAAACCAAUUAUUUUAGCGUAGAAGCAGUAUUUUGGUAUUGUGAAAAGAGUUCUCCAUUACAGUAUCUAGUUUUGUAGUUUUAUAUCGAAUAGAGAUUGUAAGAAAAAUAUCAUUGUCGUAUAUCGAUAUGUAAACCUAACAGUGAUGGUAACUUCACUUACGGGCUGGCUAUGUGUGAUGUCGUGCUGUGUUUACAAGCUCAUGGCAAUUCUUUACAUAAAUUUUAUUAAAAUUAUGUAUUAAUUUUACUUUAGACGACUACCAACCUCAAUAGAAAAACGAUUAAAAAAAGAAAAGAAUUGUGUGAGUUUGUCAUUUACCGAAUUGUACCAUAUGGAUAUAGGCAUCAUAAUACUUUUAUUUUUUGUUGAAAUUGUUAUUUCCAUAGUGAAUCAUUUGCUGUCACAAAAGAUAUUAAAAAACAGGACUAUUCACAUUUUAAAAAAUUGUACGCGACUAAGAAUGUAAUUAAUGAUUAAAUAUAUAAUUGCUCUGGACUAAUGAGAUGUUAAAGACACUAUAUUCCAUAAAGAAAGAUUAUCGAAUGUGUUAGAAAAUGAUCAUGUACGCUAUAUGUUAUGCACAAGUGCCAUACACCCGCUGGGGUCCUCCUACCGGUUCCAAACUAGACACUAAAUAAUUUUUAAAAUCGCUCCCGUUCUCCAAAUAAGUAGAAACUCAAUAAUCUUAAACGAUUCAUUUUAUGUUAUAUAUUUUUAAAAUGAAUAUACCUAGUAAUAUUUUAUUUAUGUUACUACGUUAAUGCCUACUUAUUUAUUCAAGUGCACGUGUCCCUAAAGUUCGCCUUAAGAAGGAUAAAAGGAGCCAAACAGUAUUAAAUAAUUAAUUUGAAUACACUGUACCGAUAUCAUAAAAUGAGGUGAUAAUUUAAGAAAUUCAUAUGAAGAAACACUCUUGAAUGGGUUUAUAGUGCAUAUAGGUAUUUUAAUUGUAUUUAUAAUGACGCUUCGAACUCUUUUUGCCGAUUGAUAGUACCUAGCAGUAAUUUUUUGAAUGAGCACAAUUUAAAAUUUGAGUCAUGGAUGUUUAAAUAAUUUUAUUUGUAUUCUAUUUAUUAUUUGGUUUUUAUAAUGCAAGCUAUGUUUAGUUUUGGCCAAAAUUAUAUGUAUAAAUCUUUUGUGAGUAGGCCAGAAAUCACUGUUAUUAAUUAAAUACCUCAAAAUACCAACAAUUCCAAAGUGGGCAAUAUUUUCCGUUGCUUUAGCACAUGAAAUUAAAAAGUUCCGAAACGUCAGCCAAAAUGUAUGUAAAAUAAAAAUAUAACUACAACCCAUUUGUAAGUGUUAGAUAAAAUGAGAUGGGUGCACAGAUGCACAUGAAACAAUAUAUAUGAAGUUGAUUUUUAGAAAUACAUUUAUGCCUAAUGUACGACACGAAAAUGUUUCUUGUUCAAAUUAGAUACUUAAACUAGUUUCGUCGAGUUUGUAUCUAAUCUACGUAGUUUUACCAAAAGAAUUAAUUGAAACUUUUAGACAAUAACUUUUACAACCUCUUAUACCGACAAAUAAAUAAAAAUGAUCUAUAA